AUGCCUUCAACAAUUACCCAAAACCUCACUCCGUCAGCCUCGAACUCCGGUACGACAUGCAGGCGCGUCCAAAUGUCCAAAUGGCGACAGAAAGGUUUUGUACAGGACUCGGAUGAGGAAGAAGACGAGUCUCAGCUUGAGAGUCAGGGUUCCAGGCAGAAUGGUGGCCUGAGUGGACGCGUCGAGCGCGUCGAAGAAGGCGUCGACGCGAUCGGACGGCAUGAAAAAGCCACGGAAAAGGAACAGGCGACUGUAUACGAAGACAGAGAGAAGAACUGUGCUGCUCAAGGUAGCGAAGGGGUAGAUAAGGAAGAGACGGUUAUUACCACGCCCACCAAACGCAGCCCGCCCAGGCGUCCUACGCCAUCUCCCUUCACGCCCAGGUCAACGCACAGCUUCAGACGCGAGCUCACUGAGAGCCCCGAUCCGCUACUGGGGUCGCAAACGCCAAAGAUUCGACGGAAUGUACCACCUCCAUUAUCCCUACGCCUAGCAUCGCCAAUACUUCAGCCAAGCUCUGCCGUAUCCAUACCUCAGCUGGACGACAAUCAUGCCGUUCCUGUUUCAGACAAUUCGACCGUUCCCAUACAGUCGACCAUGGUGGGUGAUGCACGAAGUCCCAAACACGUUCCAACCCUAUUUCAUGAGUUCGGCAUUACUCCCUUAUCCGACAAUUCCGAUGAUGAUACCUCAGAUCUCUCAGAUCCACCAACGGAUAUGGAGUCGCCCCCGCUGGCAUUUGCUGAGCCUCAUCGUCGCACGGCGGUUCAAGUAGUCAUACCAGCCUCGACCGCCCUACAGAAGCAGAUUGCCGACGACAGGGCAAAACGUGAGUUCCGCCAACGGAAGCCUAUUCAGAUGCAUCCUUAUGCGUUGGAGGGUGAGAUGUACCGGAGAGAAGUACAGAGCAGAGGACUUAGACCGGUGCGAAGGGAGCGGUCACGAUCACCCCAGGGCCAUCGUAAGCAGCAGAAUGAUGAAACCCAGGAGCAAGAGUUUGAUCCGAAUCAAAGUCCUACAAGCAGUCCCCCAGAUGUUGAAAUACCAGUCUCUACACCUGUAUUACCACGACCGAGGAACGAUCUUCUUCGUCACCCUGCCUCCAGUUCUGCUAGACGAGUUUCGUCUACACAGCUCCGUCACCCUCAUGCAGCCAAGCGUAGAAAGCUCAACAUCUCGUCCACUCAGACUAUUGCAGCACCAACAAGUAUCUUCGAAGAUCGUGACAUGCGACGCGAUAUCUGGUCCAUCCCUCCGAACUCACCUCCGUACUCAAGCAGUCCGCCAUUGAACGGGAACAUGUCAGCUCGUCGUUCAGCUACGCUACGUGCAAUGACCCCAGCCCCCAACUUGCCUACGCCUUCCACUUCAUCAGUCAUUCAAGAAGAUCCCCAAAUCCUGAUGGGAUCAGACAUCGAGCAGGCCCCACGUAAUAUGCAGAGGUCCGGUGGACAGCUUCGUCGACCGACCAGGGUAGUGAUAACGGACAGCUCAUCUUCGGCCGCCGAGUCUGCCAGUGAAGCGGAGAAAAGCGACAAUGAAAUCAGAUAUGUGGGCAGAAAGAUUAAGGGAGUGUUGCCUGCUUCGUGGUUGCGACAAGAUCGUCAAGCACAGGAGCGACGGCAGGCUGAGCAACGCGAGCGAGACCGGGUGCGUACGAACGCAGCUGCCUCUCCCGAGCCUACUGCGCCUGUGCGUGGGGUUGCUCAAAGGAUCAUGAGACCAGCCGGCCGACCCCGACAAGAUGCAGCUUCUAAAACACCAUCAAGAAUUUCCGUUGUCAUAUCAGACGAUUCAGAUGACGAGCCAAGACCUCAUGUCAGCCAUCAUUUGGAAACGGUGCACGAUUCCAUGGCUGACGCUUCUGCACUAGCUGCACUGUUUGAGGAUCGUUAUGCUAACGACAAUCUAUCGGACAUGGAGCACGAUUAUCUUCCCCUUCCGACACUUGGUGGAACCGGACCAAAACGGAAAAGACAGACUAAGCUUACAGAUGCAUUUGGAAAGUCUAAGAAAGCUAGAUCGUCGGACGGUCUGGGGAAGAGUGUAGCCUAUGAACGACGAUUGCUCAACGGGCAGACGGGAAAGAAGAAGCAAGCCAACUCCAGAAGACCACGCAAGACUCCUUUGCCUGCCAUGAGUGUCAUAGAUGUUGAUCUCUCGCCGUCUCGGCAAGGCGAUGCAAUACCGCAAUUCCUCCGCAUUGCCAGGCGGCAAGCGCUCCAAAGACCAGAUCUAGCCCGUCAAAAGCCGCGAAACAAACAAAUACGACUCCAAAAUGCGGAAGAUACAGAAGAGGCCAAUUUUACUCUCAAACAAUGGCAACGAGGCACAAUUAGACCAAAAGCAAAUGUCGCAUCGCAACAACAAAAAUCACGACAUCCUUUGAUCAAUAGGAUCGAUAAUCAGCAGCAUGCAGAGCAGCUUCCAGUGAAUGAUGGAGGAUCUUUGAAAGAGCUCGACAUGCGAUCCGAAGCUGCGACCGAUGUCUCUCGCUCACGCUCCCGUAAAUCUAUUCCUACAGGUCUUCAUAUUUUCCAACGCUCUACAACCCAGAAUCAAAUCAAGAUGUCCACAAAAACAGGGAAGAAACGUGCUCAACCAAACAGGGAUCCAGGACGGGCUGUACGUCGAGCGCCUCUUCCUUUCAGAACCGCACAAUUAGAAGGCGAUGAGAACGACUUUGGCCGAGGUCACCGGAAAAUCGCAUUCGAAAAGGGCCUGUUACGUGUUGAUCAGGAGUUCGGUAUUCAGCUUCCUAGCAAAGAGCCUUUCGUAAAUCCACAGUUAAGUCGAUAUCUCGCAGACGACGGCAUUGAACUGCCACCCCUCCCUUCUGCAAACGAGGUAGGGGAAGGCCAAACAGAAGGUUCAAGACACCAGCACCCUCCACCCAAAAAACGGUUGAAGCGAAAGGUCCAAGCGCAAAGAAUUGAUGUCGAUGCGCGGGAAUAUCGACAGCCGAGCGAGCCGGCAGUCCAGGAAAUACUUAAGACUGCUGAUGUUCUUCAAGUACAGGACGCUGAGACUGAACAAGGCUCACCCAUACUCCAUGGCCUGGGUCCUUAUGGUACUCGAUACCCCGUCACAUUCGAUGUGUAUUCGCUAGCGGCUGAUACGUAUUUUCAUUCGUCUACUUUCAUCGGGUCUGACGAAUUUCGCCGAGCUUUAGUCAUCAGCAAGCCCGACGGUCGCAGCUUUGAUGAUCCGGCUGGUCAUUGCACUAUUGCCCAUGGUGCUCUUUCGAUCAGAUGCGGCCCAUGGAAUGACGACACGUUUUCAAAGUUGCAAGACCUUGUAAAAGCGGCGUCUGAGCCUUUGGAAGACCAGGAAGCUGGACGUCAUAUCCCAUCGUCAGUCAAUGAGGGUUUGACGCAAUUGAUUCGGUUGGCACGGUCACUCAUCAACUGGGUAACUGAUCAUCUCAGCUUCUUAGACCCGAUCGAUCGAAACGACUGUGUUUUUAAGUUAAUGCGGCUCUAUCAAUCGCUCUUUGACAGCUUGUCGGUUGCUCAGAGAACUACGGCUUGUCAGAAUUCUAGCGGCGUUCAUGGUGUCAUACAUGCCAUGGCCUACAUCCUCGUCGCGAGCUUUCAGGUUCAUUGUAUUGCUCAGCAUCCUACUGUCGAUCAAGGCAAUCGAGUCGAGCUUGUUGGUCUUGUCAAGAACCUGUCUAAGACUAUCAUCACGCAGCUGGUGCGACAUGGUAUACCAAAUCUAGGCAAGUUUCUGGACCAAAAUAAGCGACAUUCCGUACGCGAGAAGGGGAUACAAGAGAAUGAAGUUGUCGUUGAAAGUGUAGUCAUCUGCACUCAUGUAUUGGAUGAGAUGGACAUGCCAGCAUGUAAUUUCUGGGAUUUGGUAGGCCAAGACCUGUGCUCCAGACUCGCCAACGCCACAUCUUUGCCUACCUUCGAAACUACGUGGGCUUCGAUAUUCACUUUCCUCCCCUAUAACGAGAUCGAUGCAUCGGGCAUUCCGCUUAAAAGCCGGAGAGAGACCUUCCAGAAGGAUAAUUGGACGUGUAUCCGAGAUCUCCUACGUCGGUUAUUUGAACUGUAUCCGAGUACCUAUAGGAAGCACAGCGCGUCACUCAACGACUAUGUUCGUGCUAACCUCGCACGAUGCCACCGGUUGAUCACUCACUGGCAUUGGAGUCGUCCGGAGCUGAUGCUUAAUGCCGUGUUGGACUUUUUCGGCAAGAAUGGCCUCAAGAACCUGCGACGGGAAUCAGGGGACCGAUCGGUACCUUUUCUCAACAAUCUUGCAACAUCACCGUCGUUCGUCGUCGAGCAAAACGAGAAUUCCUUCCACAUCGCACUGAUAUGUCUUGCUCUGGGCCUCCAGGGUAUGACAAACGCUUAUCCAGAGAAGAAGAUUCGCAGCUUUGUCUUUCGGUCUCUACCUAACCACGGGCGUGCUUAUCCAAAAGAUCAGCCUCUAGACGAAGAGAAUCUGGUAGCACUCCGCAAUCAUCAUGACCUACUUUCCACGCUCUACUUUGCUGCGCCGCCAACCUGUCGUCCAAAACUGGAUCACAUUCGUGAUCUUGUCAAUCACGAAAGCUCUCACCGCGAGGCCUGUAGAGUCAACGUUCGAGCCUGGGCCAACCUCGCCACAUUUCAACUAUCGACCGAGGAGCCGUACACCUCUGCACGACCGUUCGCAUUAUGGUACAAAGACAUAAUGCAUCAAACACUAAGACAGUACAAGCUGGCCAAAACCGAGGCAGAUGACUACUUGAAGUCUGGCGUUCUAGAUGGUACUACCGAUAUCUCCGCAGUCAUGGUCCGUCAAACAAUGGAGAGAAACCAGGAGCUGGUCAUUGCGACACUACGAGACUGCAUUGCCGGGAUGAAUAGAGCAAUCCUUCAUGCAAGAGACCACUUGUCCAUGAGAGCCUUCCUCAUUGAUUCCGACAUCAUGUGCCUGCUUGAGCUCCCUCAUCUAGAAGAUCGCCGCCUUGUCAGCAUCAUUCGCGACACUAUGAAAGUUCUCCAGAGCUUUGCAAAGUUACAAAAAGCCCAUGUGAAGAGGGACGUGAGUCAACAGACGAGUGACGAAAGCCAGGAUUACGGCGACUUCCCCGACAUGGAUGACUUGGAAGGCAUCGACUCUGACGUCCCCGCAAAGGUCAUCCAGGAAUCAGGCCUCGACUUCAUUCAGAAGCCCCUCUGGCACCUGCUGUCCAACGCUUUUGGCGCGGAAAACUCCCCUGACGACAACCUCCUCAUGGACUGCGUUGACACAUGGGUUCUGAUCGCAGAAGGUCAGGUAGCAUCAGGUGAUCGGUCAUGGACGUACUACUUGGAUUCGUUCAGUCAGGUAUCAUGGAGACAGCUACGGCACACCGAGCAGACGCGUAAAUUCGGCCCGUACUUCAUGGCCGCUCUUAUCGACUGCGACUCGAUCGCUUACGAAGAGCAUCGCCACGAUUUCCUCCAAGCCCUAAUGGUAUGCUUGGUUGAGCGAGAGUCUUUGCUCAGGUUCCAGCAUCGACUGUUUUAUGCCAUCGCGCGAACAGAUGAUAAUCACCCACUUAUGCAGAACCUACCCUUCUUCCGCAAUACAGAUACCGUUGAGUGGGAUAUCACCGCUGAUACUCUGCGUACGCGGCGCCUCGCGCUUAUCUCUAGUAUUCUGUCGAAUAUGCGCGACGACGUUCGAUCGGUUGCUCAAGCUGAGCCGGCGCGCCUUGCUAACAUAAAGAGAUCGUAUGCGUCUAUGCUGAAGGACUUUAUGACAACGAUGAAGUACAACUAUCAGCAGCUUCGUCAGGGUACGAUGGUGACCGGCGCUUACGUCGAGUUCGUGCAGAAGAUCGUUCAGUUCCUCAAGCAGUAUACAAACGAUAUCUGUCCCGUUUUACCCUUCUUCACGGACUCCGUCGCUUUCCCACUACCAGCUGGGGAUCCCACUUAUGUCGUGGCACGCCUUUGUGGGUAUGCGCCUAAAUUGUCAGACACAGGAAUUGCGAAACAACUAUCAGUCUUUAUACAGACGGUCGUGCAACAGGCUGCUGCCGAUAACCAGCAGAUUUACCUUGUCAACCAGCUCACGACUGCUCUGUGUACUGACGAGGCACCAACUCCUGACAGGGUUGCACUGCGAUCAGUACUGCUGCAAGGCGUCCUUCCAGCGUACCUAGAAGAAGCGUUCUCAUCAAGCACAGCCUUUGCCAUCGCUAGGCCAAUACUGCAAGCGCUGCCCUCGGUUCUAGAUACGAUGAUUUUCGAUCUCCGUAUCACUCAGCCCGACAGUCUCAUAUCCGUACUGGAUUGUAUCGUAUCGGUUUCGCAUGCCUUCAUCCGCGGAACAGAACAACUCAAGGACAGUCAGCACUGGCUCCAGCAAUCCCAUGUCAUCGCUGCACUUGCGCAUAUGAUGAAUGCUAUGAAAUCGAUUCUUCCACCGUUAGAGUAUAUAUGCAGUUGCACUAUGCCCUCUGCAUGUCCUAGCCAACCACCGCUCAUUACAUAUAUCGACCAACUCAGCAUCUUCGUCAUCAAACUCCUCCAAGGCACAACGCCGGAGACGAUUCCCUCGUACAUUGGCGAUGCGCAUGCGCCAAUCCAGCAGAAGCAACACGCAGAAUUACUUGCGUUCUGUCGACGAGGCUUGGAGGACGGUGUAAGAACAAACUGGAGCGAGAGCAACGGAUCUAUUUGGUUUGGCCAAGGUCACGCUCGGAAAGAAGUAGUCUUCGACGUUGGAAGUGUAGAAGAGGAACGGGCAACACUAAUUGGUGGGAUUCAAAGUUUCCAAUCUACGCUGAGAAAUUUAUAUGGUGAUGAAGAACAGCCAUAUGAUGAUUGCGAGAGAGAGGGGACCUCUACGUACGAUUUCAUAGUUUAG